UGUGUCCUGUUGAUAACAGAUUGCUGUUGUGUCUCAGCUGUAGGCACUGAUCUGCCUUUGGACCCCGCACGAUGGAGGCUGGCUCCGUGGUACGAGCGGUCUUUGACUUCUGUCCCAGCGUCUCUGAGGAGCUGCCCCUGUUUGUGGGAGACGUCAUCGAGGUCCUGGCCGUGGUGGACGAGUUCUGGCUCCUUGGCAAAAAGGAAGGCGUCACAGGACAGUUUCCUAGCAGCUUUGUGGAACCUGUGGAUAUUCCCCCUUUGAAGCAGGGAGAAAAACUGUUUGUUUGUACCAGUGACUUCACAUCUCAAGAGCCGGGAAGCUUGUCAUUGCAGAGAGGAGACCUGGUGAUCCUGGGGGGCUCCCUGGCCUCCAGCUGGCUCCAGGGCCGAAGCAGCUGGGGUUCUAAGGGCUUUUUUCCCUCAUCAUGUGUGCGGGAACUGUGCCUUUCAUUUCGGAGCCAUCAGCUAUCCCAGAGCGCUCUCCUGGAGGUGCCUGCCUACUCUCUGGGCCAAGCCCGAGCCCUGAUGGACCUCUCUGCCCAGCUAGAAGAGGAACUGGACUUCAGGGAAGGGGAUGUGAUCAACAUUGUUGGCAUCCCAGAGCCUGGCUGGUUCGAGGGGGAGCUCAGAGGCCACAGGGGCAUCUUUCCAGAGGGUUUUGUGGAGCUGCUUAGUCCUUUGAGAACAGCAGAAACCUCAGAGGAUCCAGAGCCCACAGGACCAUGUGCCACCAACGGAACAGUGGAGAUGCCCCCCAAGGAGGAAGAGAGCAGAGAAGAAGCGGGGCAGGAACCAGGGAGCACCUAUGGUGUUGCCCUCUAUCAGUUCCAAGCUCUAGAAUCCAAGGAAUUGGAUUUUGAUGUCGGUGACAGGAUUCAUAUUGUAGGAAUUCUGGAGGAUGGCUGGCUAGAAGGGGAGCUGAGGGGGAAACGUGGCAUCUUUCCACACAGGUUUGUGAGGCUGGAAGCCUCUGAUUCCUGCAUGAAAAAGGGGAGUGCUGGGAAUCCCCAAGGUGGCGGCGGCUGUGGAGUGACCAUCUGUCAAGACACAGAAAGCACAUGUUCCAAAUCUCUGCUUUUUCCAGGGAAAGAUGGCAGGGAAAAGGAGGAUGGCUCUGUUUUGCACUCGGAGCCUGAAACCAGUCUGUCUCACACAGCAGGGAAGGCAGAGAGUCCUCUAGGCAAAAAUCUGGGAGAGAGUCAAGUCUUUCCUGACACAGAACUCCAAGGGCCACUUCCCAAAGACUCAGCAGACUCUGUCCCCUCGGGCGGCGCAAACACAGUCAAUGGCCUCCCCUCUGCUCCACUGCUGCUCCUGCAGAGCAGCAGACCUGACCAAGCAGAGGUUUUGGAGCCUGGGGGGACCAUGUCAGCCUCCACAGGAAAUUCAGGAACUCAUGGCCUGCCUGAACAUGAUGGAGACAGUCCCACUGUGCCCCCACGAUCUUCCUGUUCACCCCCAGAUACCUAUAGGAAGAAGGCGAUUUCCUCUAACAGCUGGGCAGGGGCAGCAUCAGAGCCCAAGGAGAGCCAGAGCAGUGCCCAGGACCUUGACAUUUGGGUGGACAGUCAACAGGAGAAGUCCAAAUCCUGUUCCUCCAGCUUGGGCAAUGCCCCUGUGGGCCUAGAUACAUGUCCUGGGAGCUGGGGGGAGCACUCCCCACUGGUGGUGCCGGGAGACACCUGCACAGACCUUGACUCCAAACUGACAGAGCAACUGGCACAGUUUGAGAAGAGCCUGUCGAGUGCUGGCAGUGAGCAGGACAAGGUGUGUCGCCACUUCUCCAUCUUGGACUACAGCUCUGAGAAGGACAUCGUUCGUGGGUCUCCUGAGUGCGCCCCUCGCUCCCGGCAGCCAGAGAGGAGGAAGGUGCUGAGGCCACCCCCUCCUCGGCCCAGCACCCUCGCGACGACCGCCGGGCACGUGCCGGGCGGCCAGGUCCCCAAAGGCAGGUCUCUGUCGUUCUCGGUGAAGCCCUCCCGGCCUGCGCCGCGGCCUCCGCCGAGCAGCCAGCGCAGGAACGCGGCCCCUGCGCCGCUGCAGCCCAGCAGGCAGGAGCAGCGCGCGGAGGAAGGCCGCGAGGAGCCGCCUUGGGCAGUGUCGGCUUCCCCCCGCUCCAUCCUGCUCUCGAGGAUCGGAGAGGUGGAGCGAGACCUGGAGGCCUAUGGCAAGACCCGGGCUGAGCUGAGGUUGAUGCUGGAGGAGCAGCAGGAUGAGCUGGUGAGAGCAGAGACUCUGGAAAACCUUGAUUUCUGUGACUCCAACAUUGAGAGCCUCAGCGUGGAGCUGCAGGAGCUGAGAGAGAUGACCCUCCUGUCGUCCCAGACACCGUCCCUGGAGACUUCCUCUGCUGCUACUGAGAGCCCAGAGCAAAGGAUGCUGGAGAAGAGGUCCAAAGUUAUUGAGGAACUGCUCCAGACAGAGCGGGACUAUGUCCGAGACCUGGAGAUGUGUGUGGAGAGGAUCAUGGUGCCUCUGCAGCAGGCACAGGUGCCAAAUAUAGACUUUGAAGGUCUUUUUGGAAACAUACAGAUGGUAAUUACCUUCUCCAAAGAGCUCUUGACAGCCUUGGAGACUUCAGAUGCCAUUGGGCCAGUAUUUCUGUCACGGCGUGCAGAGCUGGAGGCCGUCUACAAGGUGUAUUGUCAGAACCACGACGAGGCCAUCGCCCUUUUGGAAACCUAUGAGAAGGAUGAGAAGAUUCAGAGAUUACUCCUGGACCUUCUGGAUAGCCUCAGGAGCCUGUACAGUGAGUGGGGCUGCACAAACUACAUUAACCUGGGCUCAUUCCUCAUCAAGCCAGUGCAAAGGGUGAUGCGGUACCCGCUGUUGCUGAUGGAGCUGCUGAGUGCCACCCCUGAGUCUCACCCUGACAAGGCACCACUCACAGCUGCUGUCCUCGCAGUCAAAGAAAUCAACGUGAACAUCAACGAAUACAAGCGCCGGAAGGACCUGGUGCUAAAGUACCGGAAAGGGGAUGAGGACAGCCUCAUGGAGAAGAUAUCCAAGCUCAACUUCCAUUCCAUCAUCAAGAAAUCCAACCGUGUGAGCAGCCAUCUCAAGCAUCUCACAGGCUUUGCCCCCCAGCUGAAGGAUGAGGCCUUUGAGGAGACAGAGAAAAAUUUCCGGAUGCAGGAGCGGCUGAUCAAGUCCUUCAUCCGGGAUCUUUCCCUCUACCUGCAGCAUGUCCGGGAGUCAGCCUGCAUGAAGGCGCUGGCAGCAGUGAGCAUGUGGGACCUGUGCACAGAGAAAGGCGGCGGGGACUUGGACCAGUUCCAGAAAGUGAAUCGUCUCAUCAGUGACCAGCUCUUCUCCAGCUUUAAAGAGCGGACAGAGCGGCUGGUGACCUCACCCCUGAACCAGCUGCUGAGCAUGUUCAUGGGGCCACACAAGCUCGUGCAGAAGCGCUUCGACAAGCUCCUUGACUUCCACAACUGCACGGAGCGAGCGGAGAAGCUGAAGGACAAACGAACGCUGGAAGAGCUGCAGUCAGCCCGCAACAACUACGAGGCCCUCAACGCGCAGCUGCUGGACGAGCUGCCCAAAUUCCAGCGCUUCGCCAAGGAGCUCUUUGCCAGCUGCGUGCAGGGCUAUGCCGAGGCUCACUGCGACUUUGUGCGCCUGGCCCUGGAGGAGCUGAGGCCCUUGCUGUCGUUGCUGAAGGUGGCCGGCAGGGAGGGGAACCUCAUUGCCAUCUUCCAGGAAGAGCAUGCUCGAGUCCUACAGCAGCUCCAGGUCUUCACCUUCUUCCCAGAGUCCCAGGCAGCUCCCAAGAAGCCCUUUGAGAGGAGGACAGCCCCUCACAAGUGCCUUGUUCCCCUUCAGCCCAGCUACCUCCUGCAGUCAGAUGACAUCCGAGCUGCUCUCCUGGCCCGGUAUCCCCCGGACAGUCUCUUCCAGGCAGACCGCAAUUUCAAUGCUGCCCAAGACCUGGAUGUCUCGCUGCUGGAGGGAGACAUCGUGGGUGUCAUCAAGAAGAAAGACCCAAUGGGCAGCCAGAAUCGCUGGCUCAUAGACAAUGGGGUGACCAAAGGCUUUGUGUACAGCUCCUUUCUGAAGCCCUACAACCCACGCCGCAGCCAGUCGGACGUCUCCGUGGGCAGCCACUCUUCCAACGAGUCCGAGCACAGCAGCUCCUCUCCCCACAGCACCACCACGCUGACCUUCAGCCCCAGCGGGGCAGCCGUGACCUUCACUCAGAAAUCCCAGCAGGACUCUGCCUCCCCGGCAGACCCGUACCAGUCCCCACAGUCCCCCUCGGAGAUGGACUCGCCUUGCCAGCCCCAGCUUGGCUCCAGUGACAGGAUGGCGCCGCUGGAAGCCGGUACAGUGUCAUCUCAGCGCCGCCACAGCCGCCCUGAGCCAGGCGGCAGCCCCAGCCCUCGCAACGGACACCCCACCAAAGCGCAUCUCAGGCCUGCGCUCUCUGUGGAGGACAGAGACUCUGGGCUGGAGAGCAGCGAGUCAGAGGGCAACCAGGUCUACUACGCGCUCUACACUUUCAGAGGCCGAAACGCCAAUGAACUGAGUGUGUCAGCUAACCAGAGACUCAGGAUCCUGCAGUUUGAGGACAUCACAGGCAAUCGAGAGUGGUGGCUGGCCGAGGCACACGGGAAACAGGGCUACGUGCCCUCCAGCUACAUCAGAAAGACAGAGUACACGUAAGGGCAGGAGCCUGCACCCUGUGCCUUGUUCC